UCCAACUUAAGCUUGUUCCGUAGGCGCCUUCGCGCGUUGGAUGUCACUCUUCUCUUCCCUUUUACCUCGACUCUCACCGCAUCGUUGUAAUCUUCUACGGGGCCACGGGAUACAACCACGGCAUGCCUCCUCGUGGUAAGAAGAGAAAGGUCGGUUCGACGGAACAAGAGACGGGCCCUGAGCAUGCCGAAAAGAAUAAGGCCAAGCAGGUCGAAGAAGAAGAGAAGGUGGCUCGGAACACAACCGGGCUGCUCUCACUGCCUGUGGAGAUCUUCGAGCAAAUCUACGAAGGCCUUCUCAGUACUUCACGGCUUAUUACGAAAGAACAGGUGCUGGAAAAUAAGCCCCAUCUGAGCGAGGAGUUCGUGUACAGGACGGACGUUUUGUGGUCGCUGACGCGGACGUGUCAUGCUCUGAGGGUCUCCUGUCUACCGAGAUACUACGAGCAUGUCGAAGCCUGUGUCGUCCGCGGACCAAGGGUGUGGUACAAACAGCUGGCGGAAAGGCUGGAGAGGACGUCGUGGCUGCUGGUCGAGUGUCCGCAUCUGGCACGACACGUUCAGACCGUGACCGUGUCGCUCACUCGUUGUUCUACUGGCACUGUCCUUCCCGCAUUUGCAGCAUGCCUGAAGGCUCUUCCCAAUCUACACACACUCCAGAUCAUGCAUGCGCAUUCACAGAUGACUACGGCGUUGAAGGACGCGUUUGAAUAUGUCAGUCUUCCACAGAUACGCACCCUCAUCCUGCCGACUUGCGCACACAACAUCUUGCGGGCGUGCCCGAAUAUCGUGGAUCUGACGUGCAACGAAGGCGACGGGUCGCAGUUGAUUUCCGCAAUGGCGAAAGCGUCGCCGAACGUCGAAGUUGUCAGGGAAAUUCGACUGUGGAGCGAAGCUUCGAGCAAAAGAUUGGCGAAGGCAGCUCCGAAGCUGCGCGAGUUAUAUGUUUAUUCGGUUGACAAGAUCGGUCCGUUCAUGCAGAGUAAGACUCUGAGCAAGAUCUGUAUUACGCGCGGAGUUGAGAGUAGGCGGGGGGAGGAUGUGAGGCUCGGCAUUGAGGCUACAUCGAAAGCCAUGUCUGCUGAACUCGACGAAGCAAAGAGGAUCCUGGCGAGCAGCAUGGUAAAGUCGGACAAGUGUCUGGAAGUUGUUUUCACAGCUCGUGACUUUGAGAGAGAAGCCAGGCUCAGGCAAUAUAGCUCCGAGCGCUUCUAUAAAGUUGUGAAGACUCUCACAUUCUCAGUACCGUAAAGGGCAUAUAUUUCUUGCCUUCCGAACAUUCGAACCUUAGCUUCCUAUUCUUGCAAGUAAUAAUAUCUCAAUCUAAUGUCAUAGAUUGAGCUGGUGCUCAGCUCGAUAUCAGU